GUGUUGUGAGUCUGCCAACCCCACUGUAAGCAGUGCUCAUUGGCAGUGCAAGAUAAGGCCUCUGCUUGGACUUGUGAUGAUGGAGAUGGUAGAUCAGUUGGAGGUGGAGGAUAUCAGUCCCGCCCUUGAGGCCACAGAGGACUAUUUGCGUUGCCUGGACGCCAAUCAGGGAAGACCACCCAAACUUCAGGAGGUGUCUGCCCUGGGGAAGCUCAGUUCUAGUGGGGUAUGGGGACUUCUUGCUGGUGAACAACCUGAGGUGUCCCCUCACAGCCUGGCUUGGGCUGAUCAGACAGCCUCAGUAAGUGUACUAGGCCUGAGGCAUGGUAAGAGGAGCAGGGCUCGCUCCACCAAUGACCUGGCUGCUCACACCAAGGAGACGAACUCCACCGCUACGUCGAACGGCGGCUUUAAGCGGGGGCAUAACCGAUCGCGCUCGGAUGUUAACUAUCGUACGUACACGGAUAAUGGUUUACCAGCCAUCGAUAAGAACACGCUGAAGAACAUGGUCCUGAACGACCAGAGAGAAGGACACAAGGUAAGCAGCCCCAGUCUGGUGAAGCAUGGCAUCCUGGAACAGAGAGAGGGUCCGUGGGGCCGCUGGAGCACCUGCCACGUGGAGCUCACGCCCUGCGAGUUGCGCCUCUACAGCUUGGACAGCAGUGGCAACCGACAGCUUUGUACUGCCCUCUCUCUCUCGCACUGCCAGGGGGUGUCUCCCCCACAACCCCAGGAUGGCCGCGUGUUGCAGGCCCUCUUUUUCAAUAGCACUCGGUUGCAGUUGCGUGCUCCGUGCCAGUGGGAGGCGCUAGAGUGGCGACGUCUCCUGUGGGAGCGAGUGUUGGCUGUUCGUCCGGCCCAUCAGCAAGGAGAGCCGCCUCCCAACGCCGCUGCGCCAAGCCCCCGUGAGCCAGACCCGGACGCCGCCUCUGUGCCUCCGUCCCGUCCGCCGGUCAGACCCACAGCCCUGCCGCUGUUCACCCAACACUGCACCGACGUGCUGAAAGUCGGCCUGCUCCAUCAGCUGAGCGACCUUAACAACUGGCGCGCGUUCACGUUCGUGCUAAGCCGCACUGAACUAAGGGCAUUCCCGACCGAGGGCCGGGGCCCGGUGUCUGAACCUGUCCUUCGCUAUGUCCUGGCGUCCUGCCUAGCCGUGCAGCGCGACGAGGCUGAGGGGGAUGCCUGUGCACGUUUCCAAGCUGUCUUCCCUGAUGAGGUGUUACGUCUGCGGGCAGAGAGCGAACCUAAGGCCCAGGACUGGGUGGAGGCUCUGCGCACAGCUGUAGCGGUUCAGAGGCCCCAGGGUGGGGAGAACGGGCCUCCUGCCGUGCUAAUGAGGAGCAGACCAUGCCGAGAGCACAGGCACAGGGAGGCCCAGAAGGCCAAGCGGCAGUCAGUCACCACCAGUUUCCUCAGUAUCCUCACCUGCCUGGCCGUGGAGAAGGGUCUGACUGCCCAGAGCUUCAGGUGUGCAGGUUGUCAAAGGCCAAUCGGUUUGUCGCGCGGCAAGGCAAAGGUGUGCUGUUACAGCGGUUGGUACUACUGCCAGAACUGCCACCAGGACAACCUCUUUCUGAUCCCCGCUCGCCUACUGCACAACUGGGACACAAACAAACAUAAGGUGUCAAAGCAGGCGAAGGAGUUCCUGGAGUUUGUGUAUGAGGAGCCCCUGUUGGACAUCCAGCAGCUGAACAUGUGUUUGUAUGAGCACUGUGAGGCUUUAGCCGCGGUGCUCAAACUGCGGCAGCAGCUCCAGUCACUCAGAGCCUACCUCUUCAACUGCCGUGCCACCGUGGCCGAAGACCUCCGACGCCGAAUUUUCCCAAGGGAAUACCUACUGCAACAUGUUCACCUCUACUCUCUGGCUGACCUUCAGCAGGUGAUAGAUGGAAAACUAGCUCCGUUCCUGUCCAAGGUGAUCAAGUUUGCAAGCUCACAUGUCUACAGCUGCAGCCUGUGUAGGGAGAAAGGCUUCAUCUGUGAGCUUUGUCAGAACGGCCAGGUCAUCUACCCGUUCCAGGAGAACGCCACCAAGAGGUGUGAAGGAUGUGGAGCUGUUUUUCACGCAGAGUGCCGGAUGCGGGCCCAGCCGUGUCCACGCUGUGUGCGCAGGGAACUGCACAAGAAGCCUUCAUCCUUCUGGAAAAGACACAACCCCCACGACAGUCCCGACGACGGGGUCCUCGGCUGCUUCGAGCUGGACACCUGA